AUGCGGCGGAGCUUCAUACUGCUUGGGGGGCUGGCUGAGACGCCCGUGUACGAUGUGAUUGUUUCUGGUGGUGGCAUGGUCGGGGCUGCCAUGCUCACCUCCCUUCUGCACCUGCGGCGGCGGAUGAGCGCCGGGGCAGGGGCCCCCUCUUUGCUGACCCGGCUCAUGUUGGUGGAGGCCGGGCGGCAGCCUGUGUACAACCCGGCGGAUACGGUGCACCGGCUGCGCACCGUCAGCAUCACACCGGUAUCGAGCAAAAUCGUGGAUAAUUUGGGUGCCUGGUCAAAGCUAACGACGAAGCACUCUUACUACCGGAUUGCGGUGCGGCAUGAGGAGGUGAACGGUCCUCUGCUAGGCCGGAGCGCGCGCUCGCGGUCGUUCUUUAUGAGUAGCAUUGUGGGGGGCAAGGCGACCGCGGAACCGCUUGUGGAGUUCACCGACCUGCGGACGCCUUUGGGUUUCAUGUGCUACAAUGUCGAACUGCAAAGUGCCAUGAUGGCGCGUGCGCGCGAGCUUGCGAACGAAGAAGGUGACGCCGGCGCGAGGCGGGACGUAACCCUGUUCGAAUCCACCCUUGGAAGCAUCCGCCUACCGCGGCAGGACGUCGAGUCUGGCGCGCUUGGCCGCGCGACGGUCACCGGCAAGCAAGGCGGCGACCGCCCUGAGGAGGUGAAGUUCCGGCUGCUGCUUGGCUGCGACGGGCGAGGCAGCGCACUUCGGGGCGCCUUCCAGGCGCCCGCUUUCGAGCAAGACUACGGCCAGGUGGCCUUUGUGUGCGAAGCACGCCUAGCGGGUGUCGCAGACGGUAACGUGUGCGGCUUUCAGAACUUCUUUCGGGACGGGAAGAUUAUUGCGUUUCUGCCGACAGCGAAGGAUUCGGCGAAUAUCGUCUUCUCCACGACACCGGACGAGGCGAAGCGGCUCCAGGGUGCUCCUCAGCGGGUGUUGGUGCAGGAGCUAAACCGCCGCCUACACGACUUCGCGCCGAACGACAUCCCCAGGGUUCUGGAAGUCCCGGAGGGCUCCUCCAACGGCGAGCAGCGUCGCGUGCAGGGGGCGUUCCCGCUCAGACUGAGCCUCGUCACGAGGCCCUACGCGCCGAGGGCGCUGCUGCUGGGCGACGCCGCUCACAGCAUCCACCCCUUCGCUGGGCAGGGAGUCAACUUGGGCAUCUACGACGUGUGCGCGCUAACGGGCACGCUGGAGAGGGUUCUCAGGGUCGGGCAGGACAUUGGCAGCGUUGUCGCGGUCGGGCGGGUCUUUGCGGGAGAAAUGAUUGCCCACACACGGCCCAUGGUGGCCUCCAUGGAGGCUAUUAAAGCCGUCACCUGUGUCGCCCCCGGGCUCUCCUGCCUGGGCAUGAAGGUCCUGAACAGUGUGCCGCUGCUCGCGACCCUUGGCAAGGAUGCCAUUCUACAGGUCGCGUCUGGCGCCUCCUUCGCCGCACGGCAUCAAGACAGCUUUCUUCUGCGGUAG